CCCGGUUAAAGGGGAACCUUGACAGCACCGCCGCCCGCUCCGCUCCGCGCCCGCUCCGCUGCCGCCAGCGCGCUCCGCUCCGCCGCGAUCUCUGCCCUCCACCACUGCCAAGAUGCUGCUCUUGCUGCUGGGGAUCAUCGUGCUCCACGUCACCGUGCUGGUGCUGCUCUUCGUCUCCACCAUCGUUAGUCAAUGGCUGGUGAAUGGCGAGCACACGGCAGACCUGUGGCAGAACUGCAGCUCCGGAAUCUUGUUCCACUGCCAGGCAUCCUCCACCAACGAAUGGCUGCAGUCUGUCCAAGCCAUGAUGAUCCUUUCCGUCAUCUUCAGUGUCCUGUCGCUGUUCCUGUUCUUCUGCCAGCUCUUCACGCUCACCAAGGGCGGCAGGUUCUACAUCACAGGAGUCUUCCAGAUCCUGGCGGGGCUGUGUGUGAUGAGUGGCGCUGCCAUCUUCACAGUGAGGCACACGGACUGGCACCAAGCCUCGGAAAUCACCUCCUACGGCUUUGCCUACAUCCUGGCGUGGCUGGCCUUCCCCCUGGCCCUGGCCAGCGGCAUCAUCUACGUCAUCCUGCGGAAGCGCGAGUGACAUCGCGGGACGUAGCCCAGUGUGACAGGGGCAUUGGCGAUGGCCUCACAGGAGACAGAGGCAGGCGAGAGUAGACGAGAAAACGGAAAAGAAAAUUAACAAAAAAAAAAAAAAAAGAAUAAACCCUCCCAUCCAAACCCAACCCAACCAACCCCCAGAGGAAGCACUCAAAGAGUUCCUUGUUAAUUGAAGAUGUAUAUAGUAUCUAUGGUUUAAAAAACCUAUUUAUAACACUUUUUACAUAUAUGUACAUAGUCUUGUUUGCUUCUGUUGACCAUGCGCUGUUUUAAAGCCUAAAGCAAGUGCCUAAGGAACUCUCACUCCUAACAGUGUAACAAAAGCGCAGUGAUUUUUCUCUUGCAAAAUCCUCUUUGAGCUGAACUCUCCUGCCCUGUCUCAGUCCGUGUUGCCCUGUCAGAACGCCCCAGCUCUGGUUUUAGGCUGGCAUGCAUCAGUCACGCCUGGUCCUGCAGCUGGAGGGCUGGGCCCUGCUCCUGCCACAUGCUGUGAUCCAAAGGCCACGUCCAGAUCUGACGGGAGACGCUUCCAAAAGGUUUGAAGGAUUUCGGAGCAGAGGCUUUGACUGCCCCAAGUGCCUAAAUGACUUACUUGCCUAAGUCCCAUUGCCUUGCCACCACACCCACUGGGAAUUUGGGCUUUUAAAUCACUUAGGUGGAGCUGCAAUCCAGCCUGGGCCGUCCUCCCUUGCUCGGCUGUCGGGGUUGGGCUUUUCCAAGCCGAGGCCUGGGAACUGCUGCUCCCAGCCUGGAACGUGCUCUGUCCUUGCCGUGGAGCUAAACUGCCCUGAGAAAGCAGCCAGCCCAGUCUGUCCCUGAAAUCCAAUACCAGAUGUAUGAAAUGGUGCUAUCUAUUUGCCAUUCCUUACCCUGCUAAGCCAUUUAACCUUAGUCACUGGAAAUUCAGUUAAUGACCUUGAGGUAAACAACCAAGCUAGAAAUGAGAAGUAAUUCUGUGUAAUAUAAAUGAGCUAUAACUGCUUUUGUACUUAGAUUUGCUCUUACUAUUAUUUUUAAUAAAGCAUUUAUAACCAAGAUUCCUUUUUCCCCUCUGUGGUGCAGAGGAACAGAAGCAGCUCUGGCUGGAGCCCGUGGGGCUCUGGCACUGGAGCGAGAUGUGAGUCCUCUGUCUGUCAGCAACGAGUCUGGCCAUGAAUGGAACAGGCACUAGCACAGACCCUAGGCUGCCUCUGAGGACUCCAGACACUGUUGCAAUUUUUUGGUUAAUUUUGGGGGUUCUACUUUUUUUUUUUUUUUUUUUUUUUUUUUUUUUUUUUUGGUGCUUUGCUUUUCUGAUUUUAUACCAACUGUGUGGACUAAGAAGCAAUGAAAUAAAAGUCAGAAUAACUCA